CACUGGCACCCCACGUAACUCCACUGGCCAUCUUGCUCUAGGCCCAUGGCUUUAAGUACCAUCUCUGUGCUGAUGACACACAAAUCUAUCUUCCUCCUCCUCACCUCACCCCUUCAGUCUCCUCUCACAUUACUAACCCACUAAGUGACAUAUCAGCAUGGAUGUCACUCCACUUCCUCAAACUCAAUCUUUCUAAAACUGAGCUCAUACUAUUCCCUUCAGCCCAUGCCCCCUCCCCUGACUUCUCCAUCAAGAUCAAUAAUGCAACCAUCAGUCCCUUUCCUCAUCUGUCCUUUCAGCCCCAAAUCCAAUCGCUGUCCAAAUCAUGUAGACUUCACCUCCGCAACAUCUCCAAGAUACGCCCGUUCCUAACCUCGGAAACCACUAAGCAACUUAUUCACUCCCUUGUUAUCUCUCGCCUUGACUAUUGUAACUCCCUCCUCAUUGGCCGACCUCAUCACAGGCUAUCCCCUCUUCAGUCUAUCAUGAAUGCUGCUGCCAGACUCAUCCACCUUACUAACCGUUUUGUAUUUGCCAUCCCUCUCUGCCAAUCCCUCCACUGACCUCCACUCAGUGUCCUCCACCCCUCUCUCCCAAUCCCUCCACUGGCCUCCACUCAGUGUCCUCCACCCCUCUCUGCCAAUCCCUCCACUGGCCUCCACUCAGUGUCCUCCAUCCCUCUCUGCCAGUCCCUCCACUGGCCUCCACUCAGUGUCCUCCAUCCCUCUCUGCCAAUCCCUCCACUGGCCUCCACUCAGUGUCCUCCAUCCCUCUCUGCCAGUCCCUCCACUGGCCUCCACUCAGUGUCC